AAGAGAUGUAAACCGAAAGUCGUCUAAAGCCGAAAGGAAUAUAAACAGAAAACAGUCGCUGGAUACCUCAGAAGUACCUCGAAAGGAGAGGUGUUGAUCCUUAAUUUUAUAAGUUCUUAUAUAUGUUAGCAGCGUGCCACCUUCACUUGUGAUUUAUAAGAAAGUUUGGCUUGCUUGCUCGUUGCUAUAUUCAAGUCACUUGUACUUUAACUUCACAAAUUACAAAAAUGGCGGAAGUAAAAUCACGUCGCGUCGCACAAACAGAAGAUCUAUCAAACGUUGAGUUUGAAACAAGCGAAGAUGUGGAGGUUAUUCCAACGUUCGAUAAUAUGGGACUUAGAGAUGAGUUAUUACGUGGAAUCUACGCUUACGGUUUCGAAAAGCCGUCCGCGAUUCAACAGCGGUCUAUUAAACCGAUAAUGAAAGGACGAGACGUGAUUGCACAAGCCCAAUCUGGUACAGGAAAAACGGCAACAUUUUCAAUUGCUAUACUACAAUCAUUGGACACACAAGUUAGAGAAACACAAGUAUUGGUGUUGUCACCUACAAGAGAAUUAGCAACUCAGAUACAGAAAGUUAUUCUGGCUUUAGGAGAUUUUAUGAAUGUUCAAUGUCAUGCUUGUAUAGGUGGUACAAAUCUUGGAGAAGAUAUUAGAAAAUUAGAUUAUGGACAGCAUGUUGUAUCAGGCACACCUGGCAGAGUAUUUGAUAUGAUAAAAAGGAGAGUUCUUAGAACUAGAGCCAUAAAAAUGUUAGUUCUUGAUGAGUCUGAUGAAAUGUUAAAUAAGGGUUUCAAGGAACAGAUUUAUGAUGUAUACAGAUAUUUGCCACCUGCAACACAAGUUGUGUUGGUAUCUGCAACAUUGCCACAUGAAAUUCUUGAAAUGACCAGUAAAUUUAUGACAGAUCCUAUUCGUAUUCUUGUAAAACGUGAUGAACUGACACUGGAGGGGAUAAAACAGUUCUUUGUCGCUGUUGAAAGAGAAGAAUGGAAAUUUGACACACUAUGUGAUUUAUAUGAUACAUUGACAAUAACACAAGCAGUAAUCUUUUGUAAUACUAAACGUAAAGUAGAUUGGUUAACUGAAAAGAUGAGGGAGGCUAAUUUUACAGUUUGCUCCAUGCAUGGUGAUAUGCCACAGAAGGAAAGAGAUAACAUAAUGAAAGAAUUUCGAUCUGGUCAAAGUCGUGUUUUGAUUACUACUGAUGUGUGGGCACGAGGAAUAGAUGUCCAACAGGUAUCUCUUGUGAUUAAUUAUGACUUGCCCAACAAUCGUGAGUUGUAUAUUCAUAGAAUAGGAAGAUCGGGACGUUUUGGAAGAAAAGGUGUUUCCAUCAAUUUCGUAAAAACUGAUGACAUAAGGAUUCUUCGAGAUAUUGAACAAUAUUAUUCAACACAAAUUGAUGAGAUGCCUAUGAAUGUAGCAGACUUAAUAUAAUUUUAAUGUUCAGGACUUAUUCUAAGAAUUUAACAGGAAAGAAUUAUUUUUACUUACAAAUAUAUCUGUAAAUUAUAUUUCCGUAGCAUUUGUUCAGAAACACAGUCAUUCGAAAUCACACUACACGUCUACAAAACUAAGAUUUGUAAAGCUUAAAAGAAGCUUUAAUUAUCGCACCUACGUGUUUAAUUUCUAAACAUACUGUGAAAAAAUGUAUCUAUGAAAAAUUUUAUAGGACGUAAUAAAUUUCUAAUACAAAUAUAUAAUUGUGUAAAUGUUAGUUUGUACCUUUAUUGUGAUAGAUAAUAUAAAAUAUAGAGAAGAAGUACA